AUGCUACCAGUGUUACAAGAAGAGUCGUCAAGUCCGAAUUCAAACGUUAAAUCUAAACGAAAUGAGAAAAAACCAACAACAAAAAUGCAAAUCGAAUUUCGAUGGUCGGUGUUUGCAGCUCAGAAUAAACCGGCCGAUCAAACGCCCGUAUUAAAUUUGCAUUCUAUCGAUCUUAAUCAAUCGAAGGAAACUUUCGCAUCGUCUAAAUCUCCAACCGUUCGAAGUUUGACAUCGAAUAAAACAUCGCUAUCAAAACAAACACUGACAGUAUCUUAUCCUCGUUCAUCGAAUAUCGAUAGUAAUAUGAACAAAAUUGAACAACCAUCGAUAUCAACUGAUAAUACACAAAAGUGUCCUCUGCUACUUUCAUACGCGCAACUACGUCGAGCUCAACAAUUGUCGAAAUUACAUGAAACAUCUGAAAAGCCUUCUCCUAGUCAAAAAACACUUUCACCAAAAUCUAAUUCCUCAUCACGAAGUCAACAAAAACUAGCAAAUCAUAAACAUAUCCAGCGGUAUAUCUCACGAUUGAAAAAUUUACGUUCGUUUGAAAAGCGAUGA